AUGUCAGCAGCAGUUGAAGGAAAACCAGCGGCGGCGAAAGCCGGCGAUGCCGAAGCGCAACGCAUCCACCGCAUCCGCAUCACCCUGUCCUCCAGAAACGUGAAAAACUUGGAAAAAGUGUGCUCGGAUUUGAUUCGAGGCGCCAAGGAGAAGCGAUUAAAGGUCAAAGGCCCGGUUCGCAUGCCGACGAAGAAGUUGCAAGUGACGGUUCGCAAAGCCCCGUGCGGGGAAGGUACGAACACGUGGGAUAAGUUCACCAUGAGAAUCCACAAGCGGUUGAUCGAUUUGCACUCGCCGGCGGAUUUGGUGAAGCAAAUCACGAGCAUCUCCAUCGAACCGGGAGUCGAGGUUGAGGUGACCAUCGUGGACAACUAA